ACUCCACGCACCUUACACGCUCUCCAACCUCCCUUCAAUAAGAACCCGCCACGUGGAUAUUAAGGUUUCCCCUUUUUACCGAUUCAAAAAAUCCCUCCGCAUACCGACCAGAGAACGCCGGACGUGGACACCUUUCGUAAAGUUUUCCAGUGGAUUUCCCAAAACUACCCUCGCCCCCUCUUUCUCCCUUUCGCCCUUCCCUGCAAUAUUUGUGGCUUACUCUUCUUCACUCCUUGCGUCAUUGCUCCACUUCCCUGCAUCUCGGGUUUCUGCACAACAGACGCCGGGAAAAAUGGCGGACCGCGGUGGUGGCGGCGACGGCUGCCACGACGAGGAGUUUACCCUUCUACGCGUAGACAGUAAUGGAGUGGAUCACUCGUGGCGGUUGAACUUCGACGGAUACCAGCUGUCGCCCGAGCACAAAGAGAAAAAGCAGCCUCGUGGAAUCCAAGAUUGCUGUCCGGGGGUUUCAGGUAACAAAAAGCUUUAGACAUCUGGGAUCGAUUCGAAGCCUCCUAAGGAACGAAUGGUUGGUGUAGAAAGUUUCGAUUCCCAAUCUACUGUUCGAGAAUAGAAAAUAUUCUGCUUGCUUCCCCUUUUGUUUUGUACGGAAGCCUCUGUCUUUUCCCCUAUUAACUAUGGUCCAGAAGAUCAUAUUGCAGUGUACUACCAGCAGCAGGUAGAAAUGCUUGAGGGAUUCACUGAAAUGGAUGCCUUAGCAGACCGUGGCUUUAUCCCUGGAAUGUCAAAGGAAGAAGAGGAAAGGCUGGCUAGAAGUGAAACCUUUGCCAUUAGAAUCUCCAAUGCGGCCAAUCUGGUUCUUUUUGUCGCAAAGGUCUAUGCAUCAGUCCGGAGUGGUUCACUGGCCAUUAUUGCUUCUACUUUGGAUUCCCUUCUCGAUCUUCUUUCAGGCUUCAUCCUCUGGUUUACUGCUUUCUCCAUGCAAACUCCAAACCCUUAUCAAUACCCAAUUGGAAAGAAGCGAAUGCAGCCAUUGGGAAUUCUUGUUUUUGCAUCUGUAAUGGCGACCCUGGGACUGCAGAUAAUCUUGGAGUCAGCACGUGCAUUAAUGUCUAAUGAGAAAGAAUUUGAUCUUACCAGAGAUCAAGAGCGUUGGGUUGUGGGGAUAAUGCUGUCAGUAACUCUGGUGAAACUGCUUCUGAUGGUUUACUGCCGCACAUUUACCAAUGAGAUUGUCAAAGCUUAUGCUCAAGAUCACUUCUUUGAUGUUGUCACAAACUUCAUUGGCCUUUUUGCUGCACUUCUUGCUAACUACAUCGACGACUGGAUGGACCCUGUUGGAGCCAUAAUUCUGGCUUUGUACACCAUCCGGACGUGGUCAAUGACAGUUCUGGAAAAUGUGCACUCCCUCGUCGGCAAGUCGGCUACUCCGGACUAUCUCCAGAAACUCACCUAUCUCUCCUGGAACCACCACAAAUCCAUCAGGCACAUCGAUACGGUCCGGGCUUACACGUUCGGUUCCCACUACUUUGUGGAGGUUGACAUCGUGUUGCCUGCUGAUAUGCCCCUGCAGGAGGCCCACGACAUCGGUGAGUCACUGCAGGAGAAGCUGGAGCUGCUCCCAGAGAUCGAGCGAGCCUUUGUUCAUCUCGACUAUGAGUACUCUCACAAACCUGAGCAUGCUCAAUCAUAAGCAGCAACAGCAACAGCCAGUAAGACGGAAUGUCUUUCUUUUCUCCAGUGCCAUGGUGUUGUUGCUCUCUUCCCAUGCUGCUCCCUCCAGUCCCCUCUGAAGCCCUAUUCAAACCUAGCCUUAUGUAAUGUUUGUCAAACCGCUUGGAUUAGGGUACUUGGGGCUGACUGUAAGGGCAGAGAAGAUGGGCUGUAUGACAGUAGGAGAAGGUGGAAAAAGGUGUGAUUUAGUGUUAGUUUCAUGGCAUUAGAAUGAAAGUUGAAUCCUGCUUCUAAGCGCAAGAUUCAUGUCUCGUUCUAUAUGUAAUCCAGCUCUAUCAAGCUCUGUU